UAAGAAUUCCAUAAUUUAAUCAUAAGGUAUAUAUUGUGAUCGCGACCAUAAAGAAAAAUCUAAAAACAUAAUAUUAGAAGAUAAUAACUUACGAAUCGUUAAAACUGAGUUUUAAAGAAUUUAUCGAAAAUAAAUUUAUAUAUAUUUGAAUUAAUAUCAAUUCGAUUAACACAUCAGAAUUAGUAGAGUGAGAUAAACAAUUAACUGAGAAUUCAACGGGAAUGGUUGAACAGGGAACUGAUUGAGUGCAAACGUUUACAAAAAAUGCAAAUCAUGUUUACAAAACAAUUUUUUGUGUUUUAUUGAAAGAUUUAGUAUUGACAAAGGCAACUAUCACGCCGAAGGAUUAUACCACUUUAAACAUCCUGCAGAAAGAAAAUGUUUCCAUGUGUCCGGAAUUAAAUUUCACGCAGGAUAUUUCAAUGUCCGAGAAAAGUGAUCAUCAUAUACUAAAUUUCAAAUCUGACCGGAGUUAUUCUGAUAGUAUGACUGUGAGAAAUAAACGAGAAGUCGAUGAAGUUAUACUUGGAAAUAUUACUAUCAUUCCAGAAUUUAUCGAUUAAAUUGUUCUUUCUGAUUUACUGAGAUAAUCCACUUAAUCUUAUAUAUAACUGUGUUAAUGUGUACGAUCUUAAAAUCUUUAGAAAGCAGUUUGAGCAAGCCAAUAUCUCUCAGAGCAUUUGUACAAUUUGACAGUCAAUUUACAGAAAAAGUAAACGACAUUUUUGUGACAUUGAGAUGGAACCAACCUAACUUUACUGAUGAAAUAAUACAAGGGUACCAAGUGCAGUGAUCUUUCUUCGAGGAUUUUAAAGAAACCUGCGACGAUAAAAAUAUCACAACUACAAAAUUGGAGCACACGAUGCACAACCUAACAUCUAACAUGACAUAUUAUUUUCGAGUACGUGUGCAUACUAAAAUUGUUGCUGGUCCUUACACGGAUUUAAUCAAUGUGUCGACUACACAUGAAAAUUCAAUACCUAUAUUAUUACAUAUAACGUAUGAUGAUAUCAAAAUAUGGGACUUGGAUUUAAACAUUAUUAAUAUCGUAAAUUUUAAAAUACCAGUAGUAAGUCAUAUACUCCAUUCAUCAAGAGUAUAUGUCACUUAUUUGAUACAAGACCAUAGAAUUUAUUGGAUUGACAGAAAUGAUCUAAAGACAUGGAAGAUUAAUGAAAAUAAUAUCACAAAAAUAGCUAGCUUUGAUAAUAAUCUAGAGAAUCUCUGCAUUGACUGGGUAGCAAGAAAUCUAUAUUUCACCUAUAAUGAUUUCAUCUACUCUUAUAUUAUGAAGUUCGACUUAACAAUGUGGGAAAAUGGCAUAAUUAAAUUUGAUGAGAUUAUCAAAUCGCAAAAUGAUAUUCUCCAUUUAAGUGUAUCACCGUCUAUGGGAAUGUUAUACAGAUUAUACGGAAUAAAAGGAUACAAUAAUAGGAGAAUGACAGAAUAUAGUAUGGUAAAAUAUCAUCUCGAUGGAGAAAUCGAGCAAUCUGUUAAGAUAAAUACAUCCCUUUGCCUAUUUUCUAUCGAUUCUUUUUAUGAUCUAAAAAUUGAUGACAUGAAUAAUGAGGAGCUGUUAAUUUACCGGUUAAGUGCGGAUUAUACAGGGUGAGGCAAAA